CAACGGUGCAACUCUCGGAUUGAGGGGUAUCGCAUUCAGUUUAUCGCGUUUGAUUGUCUCGUUUCUCGCCUCCGAGGAAGCAAUGGCGCGUUCAAAGUCCAUCCGCGCACCUACAACUGCCAGUCUUCCCAGCGACCUUCGCAUCCCUUCCGCAACUUCGUCGCUCGUCAAGUCCUUUGGAAAACUCACGCGUCAGGCGUUGUUGGACCUCGUGUUUUACUGGCUGGAUGACCGCAAUGUGCAGUCAUUCCCGCCGUUUCUAGAGAAGGAUGACGUUGAUAAGGGGGAAGAAGACGAGCUUAGUCCGUACCCGGCCGAGCGAACCAUCGACGAUGUCCGGAAUGCAUACCAGGACCUGCAGGUCAGGAGGGGUGGAAAGCGCGAAGUCAUUGAUCGGAUUUUUGAGGGCGAUUGGCGCCAGGGUAUCAGUCUGCGCCAGCUUGCAAUGGUCGACCUACGGUAUAUGGAUGAUCAUCCGUCCAGUCUGCGAUGGUCGGCAUUGGAGCUCUAUCGCAUCGGCGCGGAUGGCAGUCCCUCGUCAGAUGCAUCCGCUGAGAUGACCGCCUGUAUACCCCGCGUUCACACCAUGACUUUCCUGAGUAGCCUCCAGCAGCAGAUCUCCCCGCUGGUUAAGGCACAUUACCACCUCGCACGCUCAAACGUAUUGCCGAUCACAUUCCUUCGCAUCUUUGUCACCAAUUCACCGUACAAGCACCCCCGACAAGCACCAGAAAUGCUAACAGACUCCUCGAGAGUGAUAUAUGUUGCUUUCCCCGACAGCUGUCCGUUCAUAUACACUUCGAUCGCAUCGUCUACCGGCUCUAAGGCGAGCGCAUCCUCGACCCAGGCAAUCGCAACGGACCCUCGGACUUUGCAACGCAUUGUGCGUGAUGCCGUUCCCGUGGCACUGUCCGCGCCGCAAAAGAGAUACUCUCUAAAAGCGACGGCCCUGACAGCCAAGAGCCUUCAGGCUCUUCUUGCUCUGCGAGGUCCGGGCCGGUCGAACCGAGCUGCUGGGGCGUUUAGCAUUUUCGCGGACGCCGUGGUCGAAGGUAGUCCCCUGGACCCACGACCAUCUAGCACCGUAUCCCCAGAAGAAUACAUGAACCAUGGAGCCGAUAGGGAUAAAGAGAACCGAGAUCAGAACGGUCGGGAUCUCGACGAAGAACCCACCGGACCUCAGUCAUCAAAAAGAGCAAGAGAGUUGAAUUCCGACCCCCAAAUUCCCAAGAAACGGAAGCUUGCUGUUGAUUCUCGAUUCGGUACCUCCGGGUCGCUGUCUUCUGCCCCUCUGGACCGCUUCGAUGUCCGCUUGCUUGACUCUCCUCGCGCCGAUGAGGCUGCCGAAACGGACGACAAUCCCGCCGAGCAAAGAGAGCCCGCCGUUUCUCUCACCUUUGCCGGUUCAGACGUUAUCAGCGGUAUCCGCAAGCUUGCUGAAUUGGGUAUCGUCGAUUCAGAGCGCAUGCCCUCAUGGAUGACCGGCGAAGAAGCCGUCAGUGUUGCCGUCGUGCAUCGAGGUGGCCGCGUUGUUCAAGACGGUGGAUGAGCUGACCGUGUUGAACACUGUUAUUCUUCUAUGCUCCUUUAAUAGGGUGAUCAGUUGGCCAUAUAGCCGAGUAAACAACGCCAGUCUUUCAGAGACCGGGUUGUUAAUAGCCCACUCGCCGUCUGGGUUCCCCACUCUGGUCUCCAUUCACUGAGGCCUCAUAUGGACGCUCGGGGUUAAAACACACUUCGAUACCUUACUUGAUGAGGCCAUACUCUGAAAGUGCCUAGUUUCUUCUUGUCAGGAAGAGCGCGCCCCGAACAGACAUCCUUAGCAUGCCAUGGCAAUGCUUCAUGCAUCAAUUCCUUUGAUGAUGGAUUCACAGUACCUCCACUAUUUGAAUACUCAGAAGUCUUUGUAUAUAAUAUAAGAGUAAAAAU